AUGGCCGCAUCUUACAGCAUGUCUGGCUUUGGAUCUGGUAUUGGAGUGUGCUUCUUCAGCCAAUCAGAACCAGGAGCUUCUACAGAGUGUGUAAUAUUGGUGUGUGUGUGUGUGUGUGUGUGUGUGUGUGUGUGUGUGUGUACGCACGCAGGGAAGUACAUCGCCGCCACGCAGCGUCCGGACGGCUCCUGGAGGAAGCCACGGCGGGUCCGGAAUGGAUACGUGCCGCAGGAGGAGGUGCCGGUGUACGAGAACAAGUUCGUGAAGUUCUUCAAGAGUAAGCCGGAGCUGCCGCCGGGUGUGUGUGUGGAGACCCCCCCGCAGCCGCAGACGCAGCUGAGCGACGCCGCAGGCCUCUCCAGAACCGCCAAACGCAACAUGAAGCGCAAGGAGAAGCGCAAGCAGCAGGUGCAGGAGCCCAAGCCGGAGCCGCAGACAGAACUGAAGCCGGAGCCACAGCUGGAGCCGGAGCCGGAGCCACAGGGCCUGAGCCAGCAGAUGCAGCAGCUGGAGCUGAGCGCCGAGCAGGGGCCCGGGGCCGCAGACAGCACCCGCAGACUCAAGAACCUGCGUAAGAAGCUGCGGCAGGUGGAGGAGCUCCAGCAGAGGGUACUGUCCGGAGAGCUGAAGCCCAGCCAGGAGCAGCUGGACAAACUGGGGCGGAGCCAGGCCCUGAGGGCGGAGCUACAGCAGCUGGAAGCCCAUUCGUGAGGCUGGCUGUCAAUCAGAGCUCAGUGUGUGUGUGUGUGUGUGUGUCAGAGCUGUUACUCAGUCUGUGUGUUCUUCAUCAUGAAGAGCAGUGGAGCGUCUGUGCUGGACUCCUGAAGCUGCACAGCGCCGCCGGCUCCAUCAUCCACAUCUUCAUCACACACACACACACACACACACACUCUCUGCUCAGUGUCUCCAGCAGCAGCAGUUGAUCAUGUAGAGCUGUGAUUCACUAAACAGCAGAAGCGUCUCCUGACUGAUCUCAAGUCAGGCGCUGUUUCAGCACCACAUAUGAUCAUGUGUGUGUGUGUGUGUGUGAGAGAUCAGUGAUGAAGGCUCGUCUGUAUCAGUGUGUGUUUCUGGAUCAUCAUGCCACUCAAUAUUUUAGACAUGAUCUGUAAAUAUGAUGUUUCACCAGUGACCGUGUAAAGCAGAGCUGUGUGUGUGUGUGUGUGUGUGUGUGUGUGUGUGUGUGUGUGUGUGUCUGCGCGUGCGUGCGUGUGUCUGUGUAUGUGCGAUGCUCCGCUCCUUCAUUCCUGAAAUAUCCUCCAUUUUUAAUCAAACAUCUGAAUAAACGCUCCGCUCAGA